UAUAUAUAGGGCUCGGAGUGCACCUUCGGCUACCUACCUCAGACACCAGAGCAUGCCUUCUGCUAUGAAGAUGGCGGCGGUGACGGCGGCGGUUUGCAUCGCCGCGCUGCUAUCGCUGGUCCACGUUGUGACCGCUGCCGAUUACAUCGUCGGCAACCCAACCGGCGGCUGGCAGGGAAAGACGGACUACAAGUCCUGGGCUUCGGCCCAAACCUUCCUUCCCGGAGACACCCUGACAUUCAAGUACAGCUCGAACCACAACGUCCUUGAAGUGACCGCCGACGACUACGAAGCGUGCUCCACGGCCAACCCCGUCAUCAUCGACAACAGCGGCACCACCACCAUCGCGCUCACGGCGCCGGGGAAGCGCUACUUCAUCUGCGGCGGGCCGGGCCACUGCCAGAACGGAAUGAAGCUGGAGGUGGAGGUCGCCGACCGCCCUGCACCCACGGCGCCCAGCUCGCCGCCCCAGCUGCCCCCGGCACCUACGCCGCCGUCGCCGGUUCCGAGGACAUGGCCACCGGCUCCGGCACCCGCGGCUGAACCGCCAAGGCAUGCAGGGCACAAGAGGCACAAGAAGAGGCACUCCCCACCUCCAGCUGCGCCCACGGUGGACCCUGCGGAAGCGUACUUCCCGCUCGCGACGCUGGCGCCGAUGUCCUCGCCAGCUGCCUCUCUGCCGAUGUCGUCGGACAGUGCAGCCGCGUGGCAUGGACAGUGGGGCUAUGCCACACUGGGGCUCGUAGCUCUCUGGUUCGCCGUUCUAGCUCUAUGAGUUUGCGAAGUUGUAGAUCAUACCAUCACAUGUGUUACAUCCCUGUUCUCGUCCAUUGUAUCGUGUGUUCAGAUUGUGAGGUGAGAUUUGUUGAGAGACCUGAUAAUAAUUGCUCGUUAUGGUGAGCUCUAUGCAGUCUCUUGGACGA